AGAAGAAGAAGAAGAAGAAGAAGAAGAAGAAGAAAGUAUUAAUAGUAGUAACGUAGUUGUUUGCCUUGAUUUAGACCGUUGAGACAUUUGAAUCCGCAAACUCCUUCGAGUUGUUGAGAAUUCUGUCCAGGCAGUUGCCUAGUAGCAAACAGCAUUUUUUGGUGGUCGUAGUAUAUGUCGCCGCCAUAUUGGACCGGGCUACGUCUCAGAAGAUUAACGUUUGUCUGGAAAAGAAAUGCCUGACUCGUGUGCAGCUUGGGGCUGUAAAAACCGUCGAACAGCCCAAUCCAGAUCUCUGGGAAUUACCUUUCACAAGUUUCCCAAAGCGAAAGAGGUGAGGAAGCAGUGGGAAAUAGCUGUAAGAAGGAAAGGUUUUUCCGCCAGUCGGUCCUCCGUGCUCUGCAGUGAGCAUUUCAAGCGGCAGGACUUUGACAGCACAGGACAGACUGUCAGGAUUAGAGAUGGAGCUCAACCAUCUGUCUUCAAUUUCCCAAAACAUCUACAAAGACCAGUGGCAACCAGGACAACAAAAACCUCAAGGAAGGCUGAAGAGAAGCUGUCAGUGGAAUCUUCUCCGCUUUUGAAAGAGACUGAACCUCUCAACGUUGACCACUCCUAUGCAUUGCCUUCAUCUCCCACUGAUCUUAAGGCCAGACUCAGUGAAGCCUUGGCUAGGGUGGAGAGUCUGGAGCGAGAGAUGAGGAACGUGAAGGACCGAGAACGGAGGGCAAAGAAGAUGGUGCAUGGUCUUCUGGAAGAUCUGAGGAGGAAUCGCCAAUCCCCCUGUUUUGUAAAAAUAAAGCAUAACUUGUACAGGACAAAACGUAGAAACUUGCACAUCAGGUAGAGCCUAGAGCUUUUUUUGUUGUUAUGAAUGAGGUUCUAUUUUUUUUAUUUUUUUUACUUACUUAUACCAAAAUCUUAGUUUUCUGGAUGUCUUGUGGAGGGAGGACAUAACUGCUGUAAGAAGCACAGGAUCAGUCUGUUGUGGUGUUAAAAAUAUAAUAUGUAAUAUUUGUGCAUUAAAAUGUCUAAAAUAGACUACCUAUGGUAUAUAUUUGUAUAGUGUACUCUAAUCUUAGGUAAGGAUUGACAUGUGGAAUAUAUUGUAACAUUGUGUCUUUAGCUGCUGGCUAAUGUUAGCUUGCUUGCUCGAUAACUGGUCAGCUACCACCUCAAAUAAAAUGUGGGAAACACUGCAGCUAUUCGAUUAGAAUGACAUGACAUUAGUUAACAAUCGUAAGUGUAAAAACCUUUUAAUAGAUGAACUCGUCCGUGAACAGAUGCAUUUUAAUCUGCAACGGUGGUACACGAAGACAACUCCCAUGAUCCCAUGCAACUUCACAACAUCAUCAAAAGUCUGUUUAAAUUAUAGCAUGUAAAGAUUUGUAAUUAUAUUUUACAGUCCAUGGUUUUGAUAGAGAGACUCCUAGUGGCAGAAAAUUACACUAUUCUACAUUUAAUAUAUGCUGUUUUUAAUCCCAUAUUUUUGAGAGGGAACAGAGAGCCCUCCGCCUUUUUAACCAGCCAAAUGUCUUCACUACUUAUUUUCCCAUCAAUAUGCAUAUCUGUUUUUAUUGCUGCUGUUAACCCCAAAACAGCAAAAAAUGCACUACUGUUUUUUUUUUUUUCUUGUGUAGUAUAAAGGGACUACAACUGUAUUUAGUUGUGCAACCCUGUGUUGUACAAUGACAAUAAAUUAACCUUGAAUCUUGCAA